CUUAUAAAGUAAUUUGACAGUUAUGGAGUAACAAACACAAGAAGUGGUUAUCGCCACUUAUUUUUUUAGUUUUUCUAUAUUUUUUCGAAGCUUUUACUCUUUAUAUCGGAAUUAGAAAAGGUUUUUUAACGGCAAACAUUUCUUGUUCGAAUGAAAAUUGUGUGAAAAAUGUAUUCUCUCCAUGUGCUUUGUGUACUUAUGUUUGUGACAUCUGUCCUAACCUCAGUCACGAAAAAAGAAACAAAAAUAGAACACGAUGAAUUGGAUAAUAAAAAUAAUUCAACUUCCAAGACAGUUGUGGAAACAGUCAAGAAUUCUUUCGAAGGGAGUAAAAUUUCGUCUGAACAACAUUCAUCAACGGAGAAAAUUGACAAAUCAAAUAGCACCGUAAGGCAAUUUAUUUUGGAAGGCGGAGGAAAAAUAGACUUGGUUACAUCGGGAAAAUUUGUGACUCCAAUGAGUGAGGAAAAGAAAUCGUCACCAAAAUUAAUUGAGGAGGUGAAUAAAGAAAAUAAAAACAGUAAAUUUUCGAAUGAACAGAAAAAAAGUAAUAUUAAACCAAGAAAAGGUGUUGGUAAUGAAACUCUUGCCAGUGACGAGGAAAUAUCUCUCGAGAUCAAUAAAUCGAAUGGUAAACAAAAUAAAACAGCAAUAAAAACCACAGCAGCAACAGAUUCAGUGAUAAAAUUAGAGAAAUCGACUGUGAAAAUAAAUAUAAAUAACACGAGUCAACAUUUAUCGACAGUGACUGAAAAAAUAUCGACAAAAGGAACAACGGAAAAAGCGAAGAAACACAAAUUAAAACCAACAGUGACAAUUGGUGGUAUUAAUGUUGAUAAACCAAUUCCAGCGACGCCAACAAAAUCACCACCACUUGGAAUGCCGAGAAAAAUUGAUUAUGUCGUACCAAUUAUGAUUACAAUUUUCACUGUUCCAUUGUUGAGUGUUGCGACUUAUAUUUUAUACAGAAGAGGAAGAGACUGUUGGGACAAGAGGCAUUAUCGACGAAUGGAUUUUCUCAUUGACGGAAUGUAUAAUGAGUGAUGAUGAUUAUGAUGAUAAUUACCAGGGAAAUUUAUUUCCCAGUGAAAGAAACAAACGUUUUUUCAAUUCAUUCGGAGAUUUUCGGUAAAUUUUCCAUUUUUUUUCGACAAUUAUAUUUUUUGAAAAAAUUAUAGUUAUGGAAAAGAUUAUAAUUUGGAAAAAAUUAUAGUUAUAGAAAUAAUUAU